UAUCUCAAAAACACAUCCUGAAAACUCAAAACCCUAAUUCCUAAUCCUUUCUCUCUCACGAGAAGCAUAACCACUCUGACACACCUCCCAUCCGUCACCCCCGUCCCUCACCGUCACCCUCCACACUUGCGAACCACCCUAGGGACCCCACGAUCACAAUUCCUCGCCGACGCCACCAUUAAUCUCACACUCUCCUCCUCUGAAUCAGCCCAGACGCUUCAUCUCAGUAGGAGACACUUGGAUAUCUUAUGGUGGAUCUGUAAAGGCAUUGAGUGGUGGAUUUGAACUUUUCUUUUUAUUGGAGGAAGGUAUUAAUUAUAAUAACUUGCUAAUUUGCUUCGACCAAUCUCACGCACUAGUGAUCUGGCACCACUCUCAUAUCUGCCACCAUUUUGGUUCUCAUCUCAAAAGAAUGGCGAAGAAGAAGUUUUUCGACAAGAAAAAGUCUGCAACUUUCCAGUUGCUCGCUCGCGAUUCUUCCGAUCCCAAUUACAAUGAUUCACCUGGCAGUGAUCGAGUCUUCAUCCGAGUUGACAACAAUCCCUACUCUGUCGACACUUUCUUUGCGGGCGAUAAUCCCGACAAUGUUGAUGACUCCAAUUCCAUAUUCGAUGAUGCGCCUGAGGAUUAUGGCACCGGUGAAGAGGAUAAUCGAGUUUUCGGCAGCUCAUCACAGUCAGCUGCACAUCCCCUGCCUGAGCGCUUGAGAAAAGAAAUUGUGGAGCUAGGGUUUCCUGACGAUGGGUAUAAUUAUCUGGAACAUUUGAGGGAGAUUAAGAAUAGCGGUGGUGGUUCUGCCUUUUAUCACAAUCCAAAGACCAAGCUUGAGCAGCUUCCCAAGGAUGUCAAGGCUUAUGAUGCUUCAAGGUUGAAGAUUUCGGAAGUGAAAACUGAUCCCAGUGAAGAAUAUGUGUAUGGUGUAGCAUCAAAGACGGUUGGUAUAAAGGUUAAGAAAGCGGUUGAUCCUGAAGUAGCUGCAUUACUUGAUGAUAGUGAUGCCUCGAGGUUUGGUUCAGAUGUUGAGGACUUGGAAGAGGAUUUUGUGAUCCAGGCAAACUUUCCCAAAGACAGAGAUGAUGAUGAUGUAUCAUCAAAUAAUAGGUUUAAUUCAUACGGGAAAGAGAAAUUUGAGACCAAAGAUGUCAUUGACAAUGAAGACAAUACUUUUGGGCAACAACAGACUGCGGCUGACUUAAGUUAUAAGGAUGGAGCUGGAUGUCAUGUGACGGUGGCAGCAAAUGAUUCUACUGUCGAAAAGCCACGAGUUCGUCGUCUUUUGGAUGAGCAAUUUGACAUGCUUGAAAGUCAGGAAUAUGGCACUGAUGACGAAGACAAUGACUAUGGUUACAUAGCUGAGGAAGAUGAAUCUCUUGCAGAGAAGUUGAGACAUGUCCUUAAGGACAAUGUUGUGGAUGACUUUGACCUUGACGGUAAAUAUAGGGCUCCUGCAGAUUUAAUUCAGUCAAAUGAGAAUCUAGAAAGUACAGAGCUAAUUGAUUCUGCCAGGACUGUAAUUCGCCGCUGUGUGGAAUAUGGUGAGAAGUAUGAGAAUGAUGAUCAACCUGAUGAUGCCAUUAUUCUAGAGGAAAGCAGCGAUGAAUCUGAAGUGUGGGAUUGUGAGACAAUUGUUUCUACGUAUUCAAAUCUUGAUAAUCACCCGGGUAAAAUCGAAGCUCCUGGAGCAAGGAGAAAGAAGAAGCUUUUUGACGUUGUUUCUGGAGCCUUAAAUGGUACCAAUAAUAUGAUAUCCCUUAAAGGAAGAGAAAAGCUCCCUGUGGACUUUUUGCCUCGUGGUAAGAAACCUACUACAGAAAAGGUGAAAAGUGGAGAUAGUUUGAGAAUUGAGCCCCUGAAAAGGAAACAGGACGAGUCACCGGAGGAGAAGAAGGAAAGAAAGGCUGCUGUAAAGGAAGAACGCAAAGAAGCGCGGCGGAUUAAAAAAGAAAUGAAGGGGCUUUACAAAGGUGAAGCACAUCGUGCACAAAGAGUAGCCGCUAUAUCUGGUCCAUCUUCCAUUCAUCUUAUGUGAUUAUAGGUGAUCGGUAUUUUGAGUGAAUCGGUUUGCUUUGCUGUUUCUAUCAGUAACAAUCUGAUUUCAAUGAGUUUUGACUUUGAGUAGGAAAAAAAAGUGCAAUGUUAUAAUUAGGCAAUCUACCAAUUAGUUGGUAUACAAUUGUACUUGACGAACCACUAUUUUUAUGAAGAAAGUUGAGUGUUUUUCUCUUCAA